AUGGAAAUCGUGAUCGUACCAGAAAAUUACGGCAUCCUAGUAUCGUAUACGCACGUGGGGUCAAGAUAUGUUAGACGCCCCGUUGCGAGAUUAAUAAUUUCGGUGAUUGUACAAUUGGUGGUCAGGUUUCUGUUAAUGCCGGUAAUUAUUCGAGGCAAUGAACUAGUCGUGGAAGAUGAGUCCUUACAAGAUCGUAAAGGACGCGUAAAUGGGCGUAUAGUAAAACUGUAUUCAGGUGUAAAGCCUGAUCCAAUAUUAUGUUUUGAAGAAGGAUUUAAAGCUGAUCCAGUUGAUUGUGCAGUUUUCUAUCGAUGCACAAAAACGUCUCGAGAAAAAUUUACCGUUUACAGAUUUCAAUGUGGGCCUGGUACCGUUUACGAUCCUGAAACUGAAGUAUGUAAUCAUCCGAUUAAUACAAAACGAUCCGAAUGUGGUGGUUUAAUUCCAACCGCAGAGCAAGAAGAAGAAAACGAAGUAGAAGAUCAAGAACUUCCUUCACCUAUUAACACGACAUCCUCAAGCGCUACAUCAUAUCCAUUAACAUCAACUACUCAAAUAACAGAACAUUUUGUAGACUAUAAGCCAGUCGCAACGGUCUCUUAUCCAACUGUAGCAACAACUGGACAAGAACAUGUAGAAAAUUCUAAUAACUUACUAAGUUAUCCAGGGUUUGACGUAAUCAAUGAUACUCAAAAUGUGGCUAUGACUUUUACAACGAUGGCUCCAUAUCCUGAGAAGACUUCUCCUUGUAUAUUAGAUGGGUUUAUUGGAGAUAGUGAAAAUUGCAGAAAGUUUUAUAGAUGUGUGAGCGAUUCACGUGGGGGGUUUAUACGAUACGAGUUUUUUUGUAGCGAGUCUACAGUAUGGGAUGAUAAUAUUCAAAGCUGUAAUCACGCUUGGGCUGUGCGAAAUAGACGAUGUGGUCGAGGUGAUUUUAGUAGUAAUAAUAAUACCUAUCAACCUUCUAGUAUGUUAUUACAGAAUAACGAGAUACAAAGUAAUAAUGACGCUAAACUAAAUGAACAACAUGAUUAUAAUAUUGACAGACCGAAAGAAGAAUAUAUGCAGUAUGGAAAUAAAAUAAAUGAUGAGAAACACACUAAAAAGCCAGAAACGAUUCAUACAACUACAACUUCAGCAUAUCGAGAAACAUCAGUUAGCAGCAUGCGUGAUCAAUUUUAUAACAAAUAUGAAGAAACAGAUGUAAAAGGUGCCAACUAUGAUAUUAAUGAAAUAAAUCAUUAUCAUACAACAACAUCUACAUAUUAUAUACACAACUUCCAACGAAACUAUACGACGUCAAAUACCAGCAUUGAAAAAAAUGUUCAAUGUACGGAAAGUGGUUUUAUGGCAGAUCCAGUGGAUUGCAAAAAGUUUUAUAGAUGUGUAGAUAAUGGCAAAGGAGGUUUUACAAGAUUUGAUUUUUCAUGUAGUCAAGAUACAGUAUGGGAUAGAAAACAAGAAGUAUGUAAUCAUGCUUGGGCCGUUAAAGAAUGUGGUGGAAUAAUAUCAAUAGAAGACUUAAAUAAACAAGUUAUAACCAAUAAUCCAAUAAAAACUAGCACUACUGAAAAAAAUAAUGAGGAAGGAUUCGGUAACCAAAUAUAUCAAGAACCUAGUAAUGUCCAAACAACAUCCUCAACUAGCAUUAUUGAACAAAAUAAAGAGGAAGGGUAUGGUAACCAAAUAAAUCAAGAAACAAGUAAUGUCCAAACAACAUCGUCAACAGUUCUAACCACAAUAUCUCUACUUUCAACGACAGAAUCUUCUAAAGUCACGAAUGCAGAGUGCACCUCAGACGGAUUUUUCGGGGAUGUAAAUGACUGUCAAAAAUUUUAUAGAUGUAUUAAUAAUGAAAAAGGGUCAUUUACAAGAUAUAAUUACGUAUGUGGCGAUGGUACCUUAUGGGAUCAAAGUAUACAGGCAUGCAACCAUGCCUGGGCUGUCAAUUCUUGUAAUCAAAGUACAACUAUAAAUAUUACACCGCAAACAACUAAUGCUCAUUACUCCACUGUAACGACAACUGUUUCGUAUAAAGAGACUACUAUAAAUGAAGAUACUAACAACGGCGAUGAUGAUUCUGGUUAUAAUAGUCAUGAGAAUACAGCAAUUUCAAAGCAACCCAUUGUGUUGGAAACGACUACAAUAAAAAAUUUGCAAAUUCAGCAAAGCAACUGUCAAUCUAGUGGAUUCAUGGGAGAUGCUAAUGAUUGUACAAAAUUCUAUAGAUGUGUUGAUAACGGCAAUGGUGGCUACACUCGAUACGAAUUUUCAUGUGGAGAUAGUACUGUUUGGGAUCCUGAAAUAGAGGCAUGCAAUCACGCAUGGGCAGUAAAACAAUGUGGAGGAGCUAGCAGUACACAGGAAGAAGUCACGUCACAUGCCACAAAGAACGAUUUGGGUAAUGGACAUACAACUCCUGUUUAUAGUUCGCAAAGUUCUCCACAAAUGUCAACAACACUACAAACAACAACUAAAACAACACAAAUUAUUACCGAAAAUAAUCUGUGUGAAACAAAUGGUUUUAUGGGUGAUAAGUUUGAUUGCAAAAAAUUCUAUAGAUGUGUCGAUAAUGGCGAUGGAAAAUAUAUUCGGUAUGAGUUCUCUUGUGGUGACGGUACGGUAUGGGAUUCAAAACUUCAAGCUUGUAAUCAUGCAUGGGCCGUAGAAGAAUGUGGUAAUACGCUACAUACACAGACAACACAGAACAAUAAAGAAUUUGUGAAACCUAGUACCACUCCUAGUUCAGAGAAUGAAAAUGGCUAUGUGACUCUAAGACCUACUGAAAAAGACAUUUCUAUGUCUGUUACAACCUCGAGCAGUUCUAUGGUUACGAUAAAUGUAAUCAAUAGUAAACAAGAGUGUCAAUCAAUUGGAUUUAUGGGAGAUCAAUACAAUUGCAAAAGAUUUUACAGAUGUGUUGAUAAUGGAAACGGAGGUUUUACUAAAUUCGAAUUUUCAUGUGGUGAAGGCACGGCAUGGGACUCUAAUAUUGAAGCCUGCAAUCAUGAGUCAGCCGUACAAAAUUGUGGUAGUGUACAUUCACAGACUCAGUCAGAAGCAACCACAUCUUCUAUGCAAACUCCAUUAACAACUACACCUUCUAAUAAUUUAUUAACAGAAACACAACAAUCGCAAACACAAGCAUCAUACUCUUCCACAACUACUUUAAUCGAUAUAGAACCACAGCGUCCUUCACCAGAUAAUGAAUGUAUGUCUGAUGGAUUUUUCGGUAACAUUAAUGACUGUAAAAAGUUUUACCGUUGUGUUAAUGAUGGCAAAGGUGGUUACACUAAAUACGAAUUUUCUUGCGGAGAUGGUACUGUAUGGGUUCAAGAAAUACAAUCAUGCGAUCAUCAAUCUGAUGACGUUAAUUGCAGCUAUUCCUCAAGUACAGUGAGUACGGGAAAACCCGAAAUCAGCAGUUCAUCAGAAAAUACAAUCUUGAAUACAACUGACCACAGUGAAAGCCAAACUAAUGAGAACCUUGACAACAAUAUGCCUAUUUUACAGGAUGAACAAGGUUCUGGAACUCAAUCAAAUAUGAGUACAGAUAACUCAAUAGCUUCAUCGUCGACUACAGUGAGUACAAGGCCAACAAGUAAGAACGAGUGUACGGACGAUGGAUAUUUUGGCAACGUUGAAGAUUGUAAGAAGUUUUACAGAUGUGUUAGUAAUGAUAAGGGUGAUUUUACAAAAUACGAUUAUAUUUGUGGUGAAGGUACCAUUUGGGAUCAAGAUAUAACAGCCUGUAAUCAUCCACAAGAUGUAACAAAUCCAUCAUGUAAAUCUGACCAGGAAAGUUCAUCAACAACAGUAAACAGUAGUUCGCACACAAGCCCUGGAGCUUCAACAUUAACUGAAUCUACUACAAUUAAGAAUGAAAUGAAUUCAACAAGUACUAAUAAUGAAAACUCAAACGAAAAUUCUAAUGACAAAAAUAUUACAUGUAAAAAAGCUGGAUUUUAUGCUAACCCAAAUGAUUGUAAGAAAUUUUACAGAUGUGUAGAUUGGGAUAGCAAUGGAGAAAAGUUUUCGAUAUUUCAUUUUGAGUGUGGUGAAGGAACUAUUUGGGAUCCCUCACUCGAAACAUGUAAUCAUGCAGAUUCUGUUUAUCCACCUCGUAGUUGUAAUGGUACCUCACAGCCAAAUGAAAAUAAAACUGAAUCAUCUGAAACGACAGAAAAAGCUACUACAACAACGAAUCAAGAAACUACAACUAGUCAAUUAGAUUCUACUACACAGCAAAUAACAACAACACAACAAAGUACAACACAACAUACCUCAUCACAGCAAACAACAACACAACAACAAUCAUCAACUACACAGCAAGAAACAACAACACAACAACAAUCAUCAACUACACAGCAGGAAACAACGACACAACAACAAAUAAUAACAGAACAACAAACAACUACUCAACAAAGUCCAAGUAGUAGUAGCACAAGCAUAGAAACUACACAAGAAUCAACAACACAACCAUCGACUACUGAAAAAUCCACCACUCAGCAACCAAUAGCAACAACGACAGAUCAAACUUCUACUCAAACAACACAGGAACAAACUACAGUUUCAGAGUCUAAUACUGUAUCGACAACGACUGAAUCCCCUGAGCAAAGUUCAACUACUGGUGAAGUUCUUACAUCAACUCAACCACUAACUACUGAAGAAAAUAUUUCACAAACAGAACCGCAAAAUUCAACCGAAGCUUCUACUACAGAAAAUCAACAGCAGUCAAGUACAGAGUCAAAUAUAGCUAAUCAAGAAUGUCCUGAAACAGAAGAAGAUCAAUUUGUUCUAGUGUGUCCAACUUCAUUUAAACGGCAUCCUAAAUAUUGUAAUCUAUUCUAUCAAUGUACUGAAGAUAAUGAAAGUCAUGAAAUUAAAACAGCAACGUUUACUUGCCCAAAUAACACAAUAUACGAUGAAACUAAAGUUCAAUGCGUGGAAAAAGACAAAAGCGAUCAGAAGUGUGACGGAGAAAUUGCUCAAAGAAACAGGGUUAAACGACUGGGAGUUGUAAAUAAUGAACCGAUUGUCGUCACAAGAAAUGUUAUGGCUUGUCCAAAUAUUGGACAUUUUCCAAUUGACAAAAGCGAAGAAUGCUCCACAGUUUUCCUUAAAUGUGAACAAACGAAAUCUCGAAAAUUACGGGGCUACAUUUAUAAAUGCCCUGAAGGUUUUGUUUACUGGGCAAUAAGUAGAAAAUGUGAAUCUCUGAGAAAACUAAGAGAUUGUAAAAGACCCUUUGACGAAUGGAUAAGGAGACAUGAUAUACCCGUAGAAAAACACAAUGUUGCACAUUAGCUUAUAAUACUGGGGAUACGUGCAAUACAUUAAACAAUGCGCUGUAAUUACAGCUAAUGAUGUAUAUUAUAGAUAGUAAGAUAACGCUAUUCGUUAUCAUAUAUCAUAAUAUCAUAUAAUUAGUAGUUAAUAAUGUAUAAAUAAUUCUAGUCUCAUUCUUAUUCAGGAUCCAUGAUUCAAUCAUUAAAAAUAAUAUUGUUGCCAUAAUUAUUAAUGAAAAAUAUUGUACUUGUGAACAAAAUAUUGUAAAGUCACAUUAUUUUGAUCACGACUAAUUAGUAUUAGUAAUUAAAUACAUAAUUUAUUUUAA